AAACACAGUUUCUUUUGGAUACAAAAUCCUGAGAUGUGAUCACCUUAAAAAGGGCAGCACUGCAAGCUUGACUGAAGUAGGCAUCAUUUGCCCUGGUUCCCGAUCCCCCUGGUCUUGAAUAUAAUCAUGGCCAAACCUUAUGAGUUUAACUGGCAAAAGGAGGUUCCUUCCUUUUUGCAAGAAGGAGCAGUGUUUGACAGAUAUGAAGAGGAAUCCUUUGUGUUUGAACCCAACUGCCUCUUCAAAGUGGAUGAAUUUGGCUUCUUUCUGACUUGGAAAAGCGAAGGCAAGGAAGGACAGGUGCUGGAAUGCUCGCUCAUCAACAGUAUUCGGCUGGGAGCCACACCCAAGGACCCCAAAAUCCUGGCUGCCCUUGAAGUUGUUGGAAAGUCAGAAAAUGACCUGGAAGGGCGAAUCGUGUGCGUCUGCAGUGGGACGGAUCUGGUCAACAUCAGUUUCACUUACAUGGUGUCUGAAAAUCCAGAAGUAACUAAGCAAUGGGUAGAAGGCCUGCGAUCAAUCAUACACAACUUCAGGGCCAACAAUGUUAGUCCCAUGACGUGCCUCAAGAAACACUGGAUGAAAUUGGCCUUUCUGACCAACACCAACGGUAAAAUCCCGGUGAGAAGUAUUACUAGAACCUUUGCAUCAGGGAAAACAGAAAAGGUGAUCUUUCAAGCUCUCAAGGAAUUAGGCCUUCCCAGUGGAAAGAAUGAUGAGAUUGAGCCUGCAGCCUUUACUUAUGAAAAGUUUUAUGAACUGACCCAAAAGAUUUGUCCUCGGACAGAUAUAGAAGAUCUCUUCAGAAAAAUCAAUGGAGACAAAACUGAUUAUUUAACGGUAGACCAAUUAGUGAGCUUUCUAAAUGAACAUCAGCGAGACCCUCGCUUGAAUGAAAUUUUGUUCCCAUUUUAUGAUGCUAAGAGGGCAAUGCAGAUCAUUGAGACGUAUGAGCCUGAUGAAGAUCUGAAGAAUAAAGGCCUCAUAUCAAGUGAUGGGUUUUGCAGAUAUCUGAUGUCUGAUGAAAACGCCCCAGUCUUCCUAGAUCGCUUAGAGCUUUAUCAAGAAAUGGACCAUCCCUUGGCUCACUACUUCAUCAGUUCUUCCCAUAACACCUAUCUCACCGGUCGGCAGUUUGGUGGAAAGUCUUCAGUAGAAAUGUACAGACAGGUGCUCCUGGCUGGCUGCAGAUGCGUGGAACUCGACUGUUGGGAUGGAAAAGGCGAAGACCAGGAACCGAUCAUCACUCACGGCAAAGCGAUGUGCACAGACAUCCUUUUUAAGGAUGUAAUUCAAGCCAUCAAGGAAACCGCAUUUGUCACAUCAGAAUAUCCUGUAAUUCUCUCCUUUGAAAAUCACUGCAGCAAAUACCAACAGUACAAGAUGUCCAAAUAUUGCGAAGAUCUAUUUGGGGACCUCCUGUUGAAACAAGCACUUGAAUCACAUCCACUCGAACCGGGCAGGCCCCUGCCAUCCCCCAACGACUUGAAAAGGAAAAUACUCAUCAAAAAUAAACGGCUGAAAGCCGAAGUUGAAAAAAAACAGCUGGAAGCUUUGAAAAGCAUGAUGGAAGCUGGGGAAUCGGCAGCCCCCGUGAGCAUCUUAGAGGAUGAUAACGAAGAGGAAAUUGAAAGUGCUGACCAAGAGGAAGAAGCCCACCCUGAAUUUAAAUUUGGAAAUGAACUUUCCGUGGAUGACUUGGGUCACAAGGAAGCUGUUGUAAACAGCGUCAAGAAGGUUUCAGAUGAUCUUGAACAUGAAAACAACAAAAAGGGCCUGGUUACGGUAGAAGAUGAGCAGGCGUGGAUGGCGUCGUAUAAAUAUGUCGGUGCGACCACUAAUAUCCAUCCAUACUUGUCCACCAUGAUCAACUAUGCACAGCCUGUAAAGUUUCAAGGUUUCCAUGUGGCUGAAGAACGCAAUAUCCAUUAUAACAUGUCUUCUUUCAACGAAUCGGUCGGUCUGGGCUACUUGAAGACACACGCAAUUGAAUUUGUGAAUUAUAACAAACGGCAAAUGAGUCGCAUUUACCCCAAGGGAGGACGCGUGGAUUCCAGUAAUUACAUGCCGCAGAUUUUCUGGAACGCUGGCUGCCAGAUGGUGUCACUGAACUAUCAAACCCCAGAUUUGGCAAUGCAAUUAAAUCAGGGAAAAUUCGAGUAUAAUGGAUCAUGCGGGUACCUUCUCAAACCAGACUUCAUGAGGCGACCAGAUCGCACAUUUGAUCCCUUCUCCGAAACUCCCGUCGAUGGGGUGAUUGCAGCCACUUGCUCAGUGCAGGUCAUAUCAGGUCAAUUCUUAUCAGAUAAGAAAAUAGGCACCUAUGUAGAAGUGGACAUGUAUGGGUUGCCCACCGACACUAUUCGUAAGGAAUUCCGAACUCGAAUGGUGAUGAACAAUGGUCUCAAUCCAGUGUACAAUGAAGAAUCAUUUGUCUUCCGGAAGGUGAUCCUCCCAGACCUGGCUGUUUUGAGAAUAGCGGUGUACGACGACAACAACAAGCUGAUUGGCCAGAGGCUCCUGCCCCUGGACGGCCUCCAGGCAGGCUACCGACACAUCUCCCUGAGAAACGAAGGCAACAAGCCGCUCUCGCUGCCAACCAUUUUCUGCAACAUUGUGCUGAAAACUUACGUGCCCGAUGGGUUCGGAGAUAUUGUGGAUGCAUUGUCAGAUCCAAAGAAAUUUCUUUCAAUUACAGAAAAGAGAGCAGACCAAAUGAGAGCUAUGGGCAUUGAAACCAGUGACAUCGCAGAUGUGCCCAGUGAUACUUCCAAGAAUGACAAGAAGGGAAAGGCCAACACUGCCAAAGCAAAUGUGACCCCUCAGAGCAGCUCCGAACUUAGACCAGCCACCACGGCGGCUCUGGGGCCUGGCCUGGAGGCCAAGAAAGGUAUUGAACUUAUCCCUCAAGUGAGGAUAGAAGAUUUAAAGCAGAUGAAGGCUUACUUGAAGCAUUUAAAGAAACAGCAGAAGGAACUAAGCUCUUUAAAGAAGAAGCACGCUAAGGAGCACAGUACCAUGCAGAAGUUACACUGCACACAAGUUGACAAAAUUGUGGCACAGUAUGACAAAGAGAAGUCGACGCAUGAGAAAAUUCUGGAGAAGGCAAUGAAGAAGAAGGGAGGAAGUAAUUGUCUUGAAAUGAAGAAAGAAACAGAAAUUAAAAUUCAGACACUGACAUCAGAUCACAAAUCUAAGGUCAAAGAGAUUGUGGCCCAGCACACCAAAGAGUGGUCCGAAAUGAUCAACACCCACAGUGCUGAGGAGCAAGAAAUCCGAGACCUGCAUCUCAGCCAGCAGUGCGAGCUGCUGAAAAAGCUCCUCGUCAGUGCUCAUGAGCAGCAAACCCAGCAGCUGAGACUGUCCCAUGACAGGAGAGUCAGGGAGUUAAACAGCAGCAACACCAAAAAGUUUCUAGAAGAAAGGAAAAGACUUGCAAUGAAGCAGUCCAAAGAAAUGGAUCAGUUGAAAAAAGUACAGCUUGAACACUUAGAAUUCCUAGAGAAGCAGAAUGAGCAGGCCAGCCACGUUACAUUUUAAAUCAAAGGAGGAGAGAAAACACUUCUUUACAGCCUCAAUCUAAAAAUGUAAGGCUGACAAGGGGGAUCUAAGAGCAGGAGCCACAGCGACGUGACAAAACCAGGGGAGUGGGCGCCAUCUGCCCUCUCGGUGCCCGCUCCCAGCACAGCGAAACACCGCAGCAAAAGACAUACAAAUAAAAAAGCUCUCCGAAAUCCAGUCAGCUCGUCGUGCCCUCCGACACAGGCCAACACCAAGCGGAAACUCAUACGUGUUUGCCUGGAGCCCGUCCAGAGGGACUGCAUCCCACUCAGCUUCCUGGUAUCACUUCAGUCUGGUGGAAACACCUCUCACAUGGCCAUAGGACCUUCAGUAGCAGUUCACAGUUUAAUCUCAGUUCAAACUUCACGCUCUAGGGCUAGUGGCUUGGAAAUAUUAUUUCUAGGUGAUUUACUUCAAUUUAGAAACUUUAAAGAGGUUUUGAGAAAUGUGUGCGUGUACUACUUAUUCUAGUCCCAACUUCCUGUAAAGCAAUUCUGUUUAAAGUAUAUUUUUGUUUCAGAGUAAAUCGGUCCCUUGAAGAACACUAAAAUAGAAAAUAUGCUUGAAAAUUACCUUUAAGAAAGCAAAACAAAAGAGUAACUUUUUUCUUUCUCUUUUUUUGCUUUUCAAUUAGGCAUCAAAUAAAUUCAACUUCUGGUUCUUUACUAUAGUGGAUAGAAGUUUUAUUCAUAAAAAUAUCUCUGAUUUUUCCACAUUUCCUUUUCAGCUAAAUGCUUCCCUCCAUGAAUUGCCCACAAAUUCCCAAAUGGGACAAUUCAUUUGGCCAACUCAUAUAUGAAUCAUGUUCUAGUACAAAUUACCUAGCUUAUAUAUUUCUUCUUAAAGCACUUCUCAAAAGGUGUUCUAGGGGAAGGGAAAAAAAACUAUGGAAGGAGGUGGGAAGGAUGAGACUAUGAACAAGGGAAAAGUCACCAUUUUGAAGAAUUAAAAUCCACAUCAGUGAUGGAGAAGGAGCAUGCAAGGAAGGGUGGGAACGAGGAUGUCUUGAAGUGUUCUUACAAACCUUCUUAGAAGAAGGGUAUGAUGCAAGGCAAGGUAGGGUUGUGUUUCAGCUAACCAAAUUAAGAAACUACUUAAUUAUGUUACUUAGCAACAAGUUCGGCUCAAGAAUAUAAGUGUGCUAAAAAUUGUUUAUCACUCCAACAGUGAUAUGCUUCAGAGCUACAGAAUCCAGUGACUGGAUGUCUUUGUCAGACCCUAAGUGCAUCAUUAAAAGAAUCCUUCCAAAGUUCAUAGAAUAAACUCUUAGGCUAGUGAUAUCUGUAUCAAUUGGAUCACUUGGGGAGCGCGCCGGGGUUUUUGUUCCACCAUUUCAUCGAAUGCUGAGGACUGAUUAACACCUAAUGCCCACAACUGAUACAUCAAGUCACGGAAGCGUAGGACAAAACAGAACCUGAGAAGACUGCAGAUUCAGUGAAAAGAAAUUCAGGAUAUCAUACCGAUCCUCCUGGAAAAUAGGAUUUGGACUUGAAUUUCUGUGUUAAGCUUUAUUUUACAAGUAAGACUUCUUUAAUAACAAAUUCAAUUCCAGAGUAGUAUAUUUUUGAGGCCUUUAAAGGUCUAGAAAUCCAGAAUUCACGUGUAUCCUUUGUGUUAAAAUCCAGUUAGAGACACAGUGGAAAAGAUAGAACCAGCAACUCCCAUUUCUUCCCUCAUAAAAGACAUGCUCUGGAGCUGUAGAUGACCCCUUUAUAACCGAUGAAGUAUUUCCAGACAAUUCCAAACAUUUAGAACUAUUUUCCAGACCAUUGUGAAACCCCGAGGUAGUUUGCGUUUGUUUCUAUAUCAAAAAUGGAUUCAUUUGAACAGUUCCCCAUAAUGCUUCCCUUUAAAGUUCCGACUGUGACCCUGUUCCUGGGAGUUCUUCUGGUCACACACCCCCCUCCCCCAAAGUAGGGCAUAGAAUGCAUCGAUCUCAUUAGGUCGUCUGGCAAAAACAACCCAAUUUCUACCAUGGUUUGGCCCUAACUAUGGAUCCAACGCACCACUUCCUACUUAAGUCACUGUCCCUGCCUGUGUGGUCAGCAAAUUCUCAUUUCACCAUUUGGAGGUUAGGGAUUUGUUUCCUACUUAAGCUUUCCUGUAGGCUACCCACCCACCUCAUUUGUUCUCACACCUCCCAUCUCCAACACUAACAAUAUCACUGGUGUCACACCCAAGUUUCAGAAGUGGAUUUUUGUCAUCAAUCCUAUACCGUUGAAUAAAAAAGAGCCAAGGG